UUCACCAUAGGCAGGGUCCGCACCAGCCGGGAUCGGGGCUGGUCCCGAGGAAGGCCUGGGGCAUCCGCGCGAUGUUUGGGGCCCGGUACCUGAUCCGAGCCCUGCGCCUCUGUUCCUCCGCUCCCUGCCCGAGACACAAACCUUCAGCCAGACUGAGCGUGCGGGAUGCUCUCGGGGCCCAGAACACGAAAGGGGAGCGCGUUAAGGUCCAGGGAUGGAUUCGUUCAGUCCGAUCCCAGAAGGAAGUCUUGUUCCUGCAUAUAAAUGAUGGAUCGUCUUUGGAAAGCCUUCAGGUUGUAGCAGAUUCAAGCUUUGACAGUAGAGAACUGGCUUUUGGGAGUUCUGUGGAAGUUCAAGGGCAGCUGGUAAAAAGUCCAUCCAAAAAGCAAGAUGUGGAACUGAAGGCAGAAAAAAUUGAAGUUGUUGGAAAUUGCGAUGCCAAGGCUUUCCCUUUUAAAUAUAAGGAGAGGCAUCCUCUGGAGUAUCUGAGACAAUAUCCUCACCUUCGGUGUAGAACUAAUGCUCUGGGUUCUAUACUGAGGGUUCGCAGUGAAGCCACAGCUGCUAUUAAUUCUUUCUUUAAGGACAGUGGCUUUGUGCAUAUUCAUACUCCAAUAAUCACAUCCAAUGACUGUGAGGGGGCUGGAGAAUUGUUCCAAGUUGAACCUUCAAGCAAAAUUAAGGUGCCUGAGAAGAAUUUCUUCAAUGUUCCUGCUUUCUUAACUGUUUCGGGACAACUUCACCUAGAAGUGAUGUCAGGAGCUUUUACUCAAGUGUUUACCUUUGGUCCAACAUUCCGAGCAGAGAAUUCUCAGAGCCGGAGACACCUGGCAGAGUUUUAUAUGGUAGAAGCAGAGAUUUCUUUUGUUGAGAGUCUUCAAGAUCUCAUGCAGGUUAUGGAGGGACUCUUCAAGACUGCAACAAUGACGGUUCUCUCAAACUGUCCUGAAGAUGUUGAACUCUGUCACAAGUUCAUAGCUCCUGGCCAAAAGGACAGAUUAGAACAUAUGCUAAAAAACAACUUUUUAAUCAUUUCUUAUACUGAAGCAAUAGAGAUCUUAAAGCAGGCAUCUCAGAACUUCACCUUCACCCCAGAGUGGGGUGUUGAUCUACAUACCGAACAUGAAAAGUACCUGGUGAAGCACUGUGGCAACAUACCAGUCUUUGUCAUUAAUUAUCCAUUAGCACUCAAGCCUUUCUACAUGAGAGAUAAUGAAGAUGGCCCUCAGCACACAGUUGCUGCUGUUGAUCUUCUGGUUCCUGGAGUUGGAGAGCUCUUUGGAGGAAGCCUCAGAGAGGAACGGUACCAUUUUUUGGAGCAGCGACUGGCCAGAUCAGGACUAACAGAAGCCUACCAAUGGUAUCUGGACCUCCGUCGAUUUGGAUCUGUUCCCCAUGGAGGUUUUGGGAUGGGAUUUGAACGCUAUCUGCAGUGCAUCUUGGGAAUUGACAAUAUCAAAGAUGUUAUCCCUUUUCCAAGAUUUACUCAUUCAUGUAUUUUAUAG